AGCCGUCCCGGCUCCGAGGACGCGCCCUGGCCCCUCGAAGGGCACCGUCCCUGCCGGGCGCGGGCCUGGCGGGCAAUGGCGUGCGUCGCCCCGUCCAUCCCGACCAUCGCCACUGGAGCGUCGAACAUGCGGGUGUUCGUGAACAACGUGGAUGGCUUCCUGGCAGGCGCCAUUUGCGCCGACCUCUGGAAGCUGGGGCCGAGGCUCGUCGGCACCCGCAAGGGCCGCUCGGACGAGCUGGUGCCGCCGAUGGUGCAGAGGAUAGUCCCGCGGGUCGAGGUGCGCGAGCUGCUGAAGGCCGUCGCCGCCUGCGACGUGAUCGUCUACGAUCUGCACGACGCCGACCUGGAGGAGCUGGAGCUGGUGCUGCGGGCGCUCCGCGCCUCGCAGCUCGCGCACGACGUCGUCUUCGUCCUGGUGUCGUCGAUCGGCGUGUGGGCCAGGACCCAGGUCGAGCACGAGGAGGUUCCCAAGGAGCCGCCGGUGACGGAGCCGCCUGCCGCCGAGGUGCCCGCGGAGCCCGAGCCCCCGAAGGUGGAGCCCGAGCUCCCGAAGGUGGAGCCCAAGGCGACCGCCAAGGCGAAGGGCAAGGCACAGGCACAGGCUGCGCCUCCAGCGCCAGAUCCAGCGCCUGCCGUGGAGGAGCCAGCGGUCGAGGUCGCGGUGGACACGGAGCCAGCAGCGCCCGCCGCGCCUGUGUUACGGCCGCGGGCGUUAGUGUCGGAGGACUACGUGCGCCGCGUACCCGCGCCGAAGUUCCAAGAGUGGAAAGCCAUUGAGACACAAGUGUUGGCGCUGAAGGACAAGCCUGGCGUCUAUCCGUACGUUGUGUGUUGCGGGGUCCCCUACGGCAACGGAGAGGACGCCUUCUUGGGCCUCUUCAGGGCAGCCUGGCAGAAUCUGCCCACAUUGCGAGUCAUCGGCGGGGGAGGAAAUUACCUCCCGCUGGUGCACGCUCGCGACGCGGCACGCCUCGUGAGAACGGUGGUGGAGCAGAGGCCUCGCUCGGAGUACCACCUGGCCGUCGACCGGGGUGACAUGACGCAGCGCGCCCUCGUCGAGGCAGUGGCGGAAGAGUUCGGCAUGACCGAACCUGUCCCGUCCGUGAGUAUCCCAGAGGCCAUUUUGGCAGAGCUUGCAGACAUACUCACCCUGGACUUGCGGAUGCUGCCCAGCUCGCUCGUGGAGCCGCCUCCGAGUGUCCAAAGCUCCUGUGACAGUGCUGAGGCCACAUCAGACGGCGGCGCUGCUCCAGAUCCGUCAUUCCGGUGGUGGUGCGAGCAGGGGUUGGCCGCGAAUAUCGGCAAGGUCGCCGCUGAGUUUUGCAGUUGGCGCUGCUUGGACCCGCUUCACAUCUGCAUAGCCGGGCCACCGGGCACCGGGACGGACGAGUUGGCACAGCGGCUCGCGAAACAGUAUUGCGUGCCCGCCUUCAGCUUCGACCGACUGGUCGAGGAGCAGCGCAAGAAGCAGACCCCGCUGGGUACACAGCUCGCCCAGGCGAUGGACGAGAUCGAGAAGGGCGCCGCGAACCCAAAGUUUGCGGGCUCCCUUCUUUUGCCGCCGCCGCUCGCAGCGCAGUGCGUGGAGGAGGGCCUCAAGUCCAAGCCUGCGGCGUUCCGCGGGUACGUGCUGGCGGGCUACCCGCAGCAGGCCGAUGACCUGCUGGCCUUCUUCUGCGACGAGGCGCCACCGCCGCCGGCCGUGGAGGCGCCGCCCGUGGAGGAGCAGCAUCGGGGGGCGAUGCCGCGCCGCAGCCCGCAGAGGAGCAGCCCCCCACGAUCCUGCUGCGCGCGUCGGCGGUGCAGGACGCCGUCGUGGUCUUGUCGGGCUCGGAGGAGAGCUGCGCCUCUCGGCUCAAGGGCAGGGGCAGCGUCGUGACCUCCGAGGGCCUCGCCAGGAAGAGGAUCGAGAGGUGCGCUAGGAGAACCCGCCUGGGGCGGCGCCUGGAGAGGGGCUCGCCGGCGCCAUCGCAGGAGGGGCUUGAAGGGAGCAUCCUGGAUCAUCCACCGAAAAAAAACACAGAGAAUGGACGUCCGAGCGAUGGCCAGCGCUUCAGUCGGCUCGACUUCUUCGCAGCCGGCUGCGUUCGGUCCGUUCGGUUCCGUUUGUCGUGGCGCCGCUGCGCCGUUCUGGGCUGCCUGCGGCCUCUUGGUUUUUGAGCCCGUUCUCAGUCUUACUGUCACUCUGGACGCC